UGCGUUCUUCUGCCCGUGACUUUCGCUCAUGAUCCAUUUAUCUCUAUUCAAGAAGCUUUGCCAAGUGUCCCAUGGCUUCCACCAGCAAGAUUCAAAAUUCCCCAUCAUCUCUUUCCUCUUCUUGUUCUGAAUACGAUGUUUUCCUCAGUUUCGGAGAUGACAUCCGCAAUAAUUUUACCGACCAUUUCUAUCACGCUUUGGCUUCUGAUAAAGGGAUUAUAACCUUUAGGGAUAAUGAAGGACUUGAUAGAGGAAAACCCAUUUCGCCGGAAGUCUUGAAUGCAAUCGAGAAAUCGAGGAUAGCAAUCGUCAUUUUCUCACAACAUUAUGCAUCUUCCACUCGGCGCUUGGAAGAACUUGCAAAGAUCGUUGAAUGCAGGGACGCGAGAAGGAUGAGAGUUUUGCCCAUUUUCUACCACGUGGAACCUAGUGAUUUGCGGCAUCUGAAGAAGGGGACUUUUGCAGAUGGAUUUGCUGAAAAUGUCGAACGUUUCAAGGAGAACAUGGAGAUGGUGCAAAGUUGGAGAGAUGCUUUGAGAAGAGUGGUCGAUCUCAGGGGACACCAUUUAAAGGAUGAGUUUGAGUCAAAGUUCAUCCAAAGAUUUGUUGAAAAAAUAUCUAGUGAGUUGAAUGAUACAAUCGAAAGUGUUUUUAAGGACAAACAUGUUGGAAUGAAGUCUCGUGUUGAGGAAUUUGUGAAUUUGUAUAUAGAUAUGGAGCCGAAGGAUGAUGUUCGCUUUAUAGGGAUAUGUGGGAAGAGUGGAAUCGGCAAGACAACUCUUGCUGAAGUUGUUUUUGAAAGGAUCCGUCAUCAAUUUCAAGCUAGCAGCUUUCUCAGAGAUGUCAAAAAAAAUGAUUUAGGUGAUUCACAAGAUCAACUCCUUUGGGAUAUGAAGUUGAAAAGUGAAAUAGCAAGAUGGGAUGAGCUUAAGGCAAUCAACAAGACAAGUCUUAGACUACGUAACAAAAGGGUUAUUAUUGUUGUUGAUGAUGUGGAUGAAGAAAAGUUGGAAAAAUUAGUAGGGUGUCCUAAUAGGUUUGGCCCGGGGAGUAGAAUCAUCAUAACCACUGAAGAUGAGGUUUUGUUGCAGAAAAAAUGCAGAAAGAAAAAUGUAUACGAGGCUAAAAAACUGGAUGCAUCUGAUGCUCUGCAGCUCUUUAGUCAACAAGCCUUCAACAAACCCCUUUGUGAAAAUGAUUUAUUGGAUAUAUGCAAUGAUUUUGUAAGUCAUGUUGACGGCCAUCCUCUAGCUCUUAAAAAAUUGGGUUCCUCCUUGCAUGAUAUACCAAGAGAUCUAUGGAAAGCUGAGCUGGAAAGACUAAGAGAAAGUGCUCAACAUUCUAAUGAGAGAACUCAAACAGCACUUAGAAUCAAGACAAACGACGAUAAGGUUAAAUUCCCAGUGACUUCACUGCUGGAGUGUGGGGUCAAUCUAGUAUACCAGCGAAACAUGGAAGAUUUUAAAUGUACAGUACUCAUACAAAUGAUGACCUCGUAUGGUGACGAUUUGGUCCAUCAUGAGGAAGUCCGGCGAACUGGUGGCUCUUAUGAGGACCCACACCCUCGUGAUGGAUUCUACAAAACGGGCCCCCUGGAAUUUAAUCCGCUCUUCUUAUAUAAUAGUUGCUUCCCUCCAAGUAAAAUAACCCAAGAGUGGUUCAGUCAUCCGAGUUUCAGGCACUCAGUGACAAUGGACAUACCACCAAAUUUGUACAAUGAUAACACUUGGAUGGGGCUCACUCUAUUUGUUUGUUUUUCAUUUCACGGGGAUCCAAAAACCGUCCUUGACAAUUUGGUUUCAGAAAUUCCACACUUCCUAUAUUGUCAAUUCCGAACGAUUGUAGAUCGUAUGGACAAUGAUCAGGUCAUUGGUUGUGUCACUAGUAAAGUAGAAAUCAUGUGGUUAAAUAAUAUAGGUGGAUUCAUUUGGAUAUCCUACAUACCGAGGGAGUUACUUAAGAAUAUGUUGCGCCAGUGCAGCUUCAUUUCAGCUUCAUUUGUAAGUGAUUGGCCAGGUGUGAUGGUGCGGGUAUGUGCGCUUCGUCUUUUGUAUCAGAAUGAUCAGGUACAAUUUGAGCAAAAGCUAAAACAAUGCAACGCCUUGAUUUCUGAGCAUUCGGAUUCUGCGAGUCAAUUUAUGGUUGAUCAAGAAAAAAGAAAUAAGAGGCCAAAGCAAAACCGACCCCUAAUACCUAUGAAUUGCAUUGAAGACUUCCAUCGACACCUUCCUUAUAAUUCUUGUUUUCCUCAAAGUGAAAUUCUAGAUUGGUUCAGCCUUAAGAGUGACGGGCCUAAAGUUAGAAUCUCUCUUCCUCCAAAUUUGUACGAUGAUCCUACGUGGACGGGACUUGCUCUGUUUGCCUCUUUUUCAGUCCUCUUUGGCAGUCUGGAUUCACAAGUUCAUUGUCGCUUUGGGUUUGUAUCUCAAAAUGGUACUUUUGGUCUAGGGUGCCCCUAUAGCUAUUGCCUCCUUGAAGAAGAUCUCAACUUGUUAAAGUUAGAUGGAUUCAUGUGGUUGUCUUAUAUACCAAGUGGGUGGUUUCCAAAGUGGUUGAAUCGAUGCAGUUCCAUUGAGGUUUCAUUUAGCAAUUGCCCAAGCUUGACGGUUCACAAGUGUGGACUACAACUUUUGUACCAAAAUGAUGAGGUGAAGUUUAGGGAAAUAAUAAGACUCUGCAAGUCCUCGUUCUCUAAUAACCGUGAGAAUGAGGGAAAGGCGAGUACAAGUAACACCUUUAAUGAUGAGGACACUCACCCUGAAAGACUUGGCUCUAAUGAGGAUCUUCACAAUAAAGCAUCAAUAAGACCUCGUAAUCAAUGCAACCUGCCGGACUUUGAUCCAUGCCUUGUCUACGAGUCUUGUUUUCCUCCAAAUGAAAUUCUGGAAUGGUUCAGCCAUCGGAGUGAUAAGCCCCAAGUGAUAAUCUAUCUACCACCAAAUUUGUACGACGAUCCCUCUUGGAAGGGACUUGCUCUUUGUGUUUCUUUCUCACUCCAAGAGCAUGGGACUACCAUUGUUGACAAUCUGGACUCGCAAGUUCCUUGCAACCAGCUGAUUUUUCUGUUGGAAACGGCUAUUGGUAGUCUGGAACUUCUGCAUAAGUAUUGCCCCACUAAAGAAGAUCUCAUGCUGUUACGGCUAGGUGGAUUCAUUUGGCUGUCUUAUAUACCACGUGGGUCCUUUCCAAACUGGUUGAUUCAUAGCAAUUUCAUUGAGGUUUCAAUUGCCACCGAUGUUCCAGGAUUGACCUUGCACAAGUGUGGGUUCCGUCUUUUGUACGAGAAUGAAGAGAGAGAGUUUAAGGAAACAGUAAGUCACUACACGUCCUCAUUGUCUAAAACCCGUGAUGUUAUUCAUCAAUCAAAUAUUGCCAAUGAAAAGACGGUUAAGCCAAACCAGGAGGACAAAGCAGUUGAGCCCAUUACAACCAGCAUCUCUGAUGAGGUUUCUCACCUUGCAAGACUCAGAGGAUCCCUUAAUCCCAGGCUUAAAGACAAGGGCAAAAAUGAUCUGCACAACCAAAGUAACCUGCCGGACUUCGAGCGACGCCUUGUCUAUAAUUUUUGUUUUCCUUCAAAUGAAAUUCUGGACUGGUUCAACUAUCAGAGUAAUAAGCAUCUAGUGACAAUCUCUGAUCUGCCUCCAAAUUUGUACGAUGAUUGUACUUGGAUGGGACUUGCUCUCUGUGUUUCUUUUUCAGUCGAGGAGCAUGGGACUACCAUUGUUAACAAUCGAGAUUUACCAGCUCCUUGUGGCUUUAUCAUUUGUAUGUUGGAAACCGAUAUUUGUGGUCUGGGACAUGUCAAUAUGGACCAUAUGUAUUGCCCCACUAAAGAAUAUCUCAUGUCGUUACGGCCAGGUGAAUUCAUUUGGCUGUCUUAUAUACCGCGUGAGUUAUUUCCAAACUGGUUGAAUCAUAGCAGUUUCAUUGAGGCUUCAAUUGGCACCGAUUUACCGGGCUUGUCCGUGCAGAAGUGUGGGUUCCAUCUUUUGUAUGAGAACGAAGAAAUAGAGUUUAAGGAAAUAAUAAGGCAGUUAAGCCAAACCCGGGAUGGCGCAACAUCGGUGAUCAAUUAAUGAUUGCCAAUGAAAAGACGAAGGACAAAUCAGGUGAGCGCAGUACAACCAGCAGCACUGAUGAUCCCAGGCUUGAAGACAAGGGCCAAAGAAUCGUACAAUAUUCUCUCCUCUACUUGGGCUACUGCUUUUCUUAUCUUGGGGGCUCUUCCAAUUCUUCACUUAUCGGAUAGAGGAAACCAUUGAAGAACUGUGGAAGAUUUAUAUUACCUCGAAGAAUGUGUUCUCCACGCCUUACCGAAAACUGUUCUAACAAAAUCCAUCACAUUCAGUCAAAGAUAGAAUCAUGCAUACAUGGUAGAGAGAGAGAGAGAGAGAGAGGAAAACAAACCGAAAGGUUCGAGGGACAGAGCUAGUGACGUGCACAGGUUGAGAGGCGGCCCCUUAGUAGGCGUGUCAAUCACUACAUGAAUGUGGAAAGACCAUUAUCUAUCAACCACCAGAUGAACAUGGAACGACAGUAGGCAGUUAUCGAAAACCCUAUAAAAGGGAUGCAAUGCAUUAAAUAAAGGAGAUGGAUUCAUCUCCAAAAACCCUAGCUCAUUGCGAUAUUUACUCAAUUCAAUAAUGCUAACUUAAGCAUCAGAGUUUUUUUGGUCUCCAAACCAGUGGAUCCUUUAACUCUUUUUACUAUUUUGCAAGUAGCUCAUAGUCGGGCAGGCUGUACCAAAAAUUGCUCUAAGUGUUUGGCAUCGUCUAUGGGAGCGACAGUCCUCAUCUCUUUAAAAUCAUGGCUAAGAUUGACUGUUGGGUUGCCUUCUUCAAAAUCCAUGGUCUUCUAUGACAGAGUUACUUUAUAGAUACACGCUCAACUGUGACGGAUCUGUGUUGAGAAAUUCUUCUGCCCAUGGCAGAUUUAUGCUUAUUCAUAGCAAAUUUGCACGGAUCUACGACAAAUAUACGUUCAAUUGUAACGGGUCUGUGACGGUGGUAAUCUUUGUAAAAAAACAAGUUUUAGUGUAUGCUUUGCUUUCUCUUUGUUGUU